GUGGCGGAGGUUACGUGAAGAGUGGCGCGGCGUGACAGAGCUGCCCAGUCUUGCUGUCUUAGGGGCGUCGGGGGCAGAAACCGCUGCGACGACGAAGGCAGCGGCCAGGCCUAGAGACAGGCGGCCGCGGGAGCCUCUGGUACAGGUGCAGGUGCAAUGAAAGCCUUCCAUGUUUUCUUUGUUGGCCUUUUGGUGUUUGGGAGCUUCUCUGAAGCCAAGUUUGAUAAUUUUGAGGAUGAGGAAGACAUAGUAGAAUAUGAUGAUAACGACUUUGCUGAAUUUGAGGAUGUCCUGGAAGAUUCUGUUACUGAAUCCCCUCAGCGGGUUAUAAUGACUGAAGAUGAUGAAGAUGAGACCACUGUGGAGUUGGAAGGGCAGGAUGAAAACCAAGAAGAAGAUUUUGAAGAUGGAGAUACUCAGGAGGGAGAUACGGAGAGUGAGCCAUAUGAUGAUGAAGAAUUUGAAGGUUAUGAAGACAAACCAGAUACUUCUUCUAGCAAAAGUAAAGACCCAAUAACAAUUGUUGAUGUUCCUGCACACCUCCAGAACAGUUGGGAGAGUUAUUAUCUAGAAAUUUUGAUGGUGACUGGGCUGCUCGCCUACAUCAUGAAUUAUAUCAUUGGGAAGAAUAAAAACAGUCGCCUUGCCCAGGCCUGGUUUAAUACUCAUAGAGAGCUUUUGGAGAGCAACUUUACCCUAGUAGGGGAUGAUGGAGCUAACAAAGAAGCCACAAGCACAGGAAAGCUGAACCAGGAGAAUGAACAUAUCUAUAACCUGUGGUGUUCUGGUCGAGUAUGCUGUGAGGGGAUGCUCAUCCAGCUGAGGUUCCUAAAGAGACAAGACUUACUGAAUGUCUUGGCCAGGAUGAUGAGGCCAGUUAGUGAUCAAGUGCAAAUAAAAGUGACCAUGAAUGAUGAAGACAUGGAUACCUAUGUGUUUGCUGUCGGCACACGGAAAGCCUUGGUGCGACUGCAGAAAGAGAUGCAGGAUCUGAGUGAGUUUUGUAGUGAUAAACCUAAGUCUGGAGCAAAGUAUGGAUUGCCAGACUCCUUGGCCAUUCUGUCGGAGAUGGGCGAAGUCACAGAGGGAAUGAUGGAUACAAAGAUGGUUCACUUUCUUACACACUAUGCUGACAAGAUUGAAUCCGUUCAUUUUUCAGACCAGUUCUCUGGUCCAAAAAUUAUGCAAGAGGAAGGUCAGCCUUUAAAGCUACCUGACACUAAGAGGACACUAUUGUUUACAUUUAAUGUUCCUGGCUCAGGUAACACCUACCCAAAGGAUAUGGAGGCUCUACUACCCCUGAUGAACAUGGUGAUUUACUCUAUAGAUAAAGCCAAAAAGUUCCGACUCAACAGAGAAGGCAAACAAAAAGCAGAUAAGAACCGUGCUCGAGUAGAAGAGAACUUCCUGAAGCUGACUCACGUGCAGAGACAGGAAGCUGCACAGUCUCGGCGUGAGGAGAAGAAAAGAGCAGAGAAGGAGCGAAUAAUGAAUGAAGAAGAUCCUGAGAAACAGCGCAGGCUGGAGGAAGCUGCUUUGAGGCGUGAGCAAAAGAAGCUGGAGAAGAAACAAAUGAAAAUGAAACAAAUCAAAGUGAAAGCCAUGUAAAGUCAUUCCAGAGAGCUGAGUCUUGAUGUCACCUAUAAGCUCUGAAUUUGCAGGAAACAUAAAAAAUACUAGUCCAUUUCUCAACUGAAAAUUCAAAUACUCCCAGCAACAGAAAUUCUUAUUUCAUCAUUUGCUCUGUUUUUGGUUUGGAGUUUUACAGAAGAUGUAUAUACAUUAGAAGGGCUCAGUUUCUGUAACUUUCUUCAAGAUAAUCAAAUUAUUUUGAUUACUUUAUAAAAGGAAUGAUAUAUGAGAUCUGUAUAGUUUUAAAUGUAUUUUAAAUUAUAACAGGAAUCAUCAGUGCUUUUAGAGCUUUGAUAUUUGAAGAAAUAUGAAAUUUAUAGGUAGAUAGUUAGAUGAUUGCUUUUUGUUUAAACUAGGCAAAGUGGCUAGAAAGACUGACUCUAAACCAAGAUUCCACAAAUAACUAUUGAAAUUGCACAAUAAACAUUGAUGUUUUCUUCUUUGUCUACAUUAAACUUGUAAAGUAAAAUUUAGAACACUAUAUGUGGUAUUGAAAUAUCAGAUAUUCAAAACAUGAUGUAGUUCAGUAUAUGUUUUGUAGGUGGGAUGUGCCAGUGACAGUUUUAUAGGGUCUCUGUAGGUUUUAGGAUACAUAUACAUGAAAAAUUCUAGGGACAGCUAGCAGUUUUCUCCUUACCUGAUACCACAAACUAAUGAUAAUGUGAAUGCUAUAUUUUAAGUGGUUGUAUGUUUAUUUUUCUUGAGUAACAAAUGCAUGAAAAAUGAACUGCUUCACCUCGAUCAGAUUAAUGGUCUAUGUUAAGUCAUAAAAUGUUUUCCUUUUUGAUUGCUGCAAUCUUUCUGUUGGAUGUUCAUAGAGAAGCUCUAUUCUCUGUGCUAUGGCUGUGUAUCUUUGCUUCUUCCUCUGCUUUUAUCUCUUCCACAGUUGAGGCUGGGUGUAUUCUUUCAAAGAAAUAGCCAUGGAUAUGCAUAAAUAUACUUUUUAAAAAUGUGCUUUCCUAUACUAUAGGGAGUUCUUUUUGCCUCUUGAAGGAGCUCUGGGGGAGAGGCCCAUCUAUCUGAACAAGCAUUUUGCUUGUUCAGAUCUCUGCAUUUUAUAAAUGCUUCCUACUAAGAAAGCAUUUUUUUAAGUCACUGCUUGUACCAGGUAAUUUUUGCUGGGGAUGGGAAAGG